GUUUCCCCCGCGCAAUCUGCGAACUCCAGAUAUCGAAUUAAAUCUCCACAUAGCUGAAGGAAGUUGCGCUAUCACUUGGAUUGAAAACUCGAUCUCCAACGUCCAUAUCGCCACCCAGGUGCUCUCAAUAACUGUACCUCAAAAACACAAAGAAGCACUUCUUUAUACAACAAGAUCUAGAGUAGAGGCGGUUCCGUGUUGUGGUCUGAUUGAACUAGAGAAUACUCAUAAGAAUGGCAUCUUCAGACCCAUCUAUCCGAUGGAAACAUCUGUACAGAGUCCUGACCAAGUCAGGCCCCUUCAGCGAUGAGGACUGGGUCCCUGGGCAAGAAACCAUAAGCGCUUUAGAGUCAUCGAAAGUUCUAGUCAUAGGCGCUGGAGGCCUAGGCUGCGAGAUCCUAAAGAAUCUUGCCUUAUCAGGCUUCAAAGACAUCCAUGUCAUUGACAUGGAUACAAUCGAUAUUUCCAACCUGAACCGACAGUUCUUGUUUCGCCAAUCAGACAUCGGCAAGCCUAAAGCUGAAGUUGCCGCCGCGUUUGUAGAAAGACGAGUCAAAGGCGUCAAGAUCACCCCGUACGUAGGGAAGAUCCAGGACAAAGACGAAGAUUACUACAUGCAAUUCAAGAUCGUUGUCUGUGGUCUCGAUAGCAUUGAAGCUAGACGAUGGAUCAAUUCUACAUUAGUCGGGAUGGUCGAUUUCGAAGACCCAGAAAGUCUGAAGCCACUCAUUGACGGAGGAACAGAAGGAUUCAAGGGCCAGGCGCGUGUGAUUCUACCCACACUCUCCUCUUGCAUCGAGUGUCAGCUCGACAUGCACGCCCCUCGACCUGCCGUUCCACUUUGCACUAUCGCAACAAUCCCCCGCCAACCCCAACACUGCAUCGAAUGGGCUCAUCAGAUCGCCUGGCAGGAAAAGCGCAAAGACGAACCAUUCGACACCGACGACAUGGAGCACAUCGGCUGGGUGUACAACACUGCUCUCGAGCGCGCAAAGCAGUUCAACAUUCCCGGCGUCACUUUCCAGAUGACUCAAGGAGUAGUGAAGAACAUCAUCCCUGCGAUCGCCUCGACCAACGCCGUGAUCGCAGCCGCGACUACCUCCGAGGCGUUGAAGAUCGCUACCUCGUGCAACCCUUAUCUUGAGAACUACAUGAUGUACGCGGGCGAGGAAGGUGUCUACACCUACACCUUCGAGGCGGAGAAGAAACCGGACUGUCCUGUGUGUGGAAACUUGGCCCGGAAGUUGACAGUGGAUCCGAAUAUGACGCUUGAAGAGUUCAUUGAGACGCUGGGAGAGCGACCGGAAGCACAGCUGAAGAAGCCAAGCAUGAGAACGGAGGAGAAGACGCUCUAUCAACGCUUUCCGCCCCAGCUGGAGGAACAGACUCGACACAAUCUGAAGCUCAAGUUGAAGGAGCUGAUUGAGAAUGGCCAAGAGAUCGCAGUCAGUGACCCGGCGUAUACUAUUGAUUUCCGCUUCCGACUGGCAUUUCAAUGAGCAGGUGAAUCAUGUUCGAGAUGGACCUGCGACUACAUUAUCAAGAAUCCCGAUGCUGCUAUGAUCAUCUUCAAGACCUAGGAACUCAAAUCUGCUUUUUCUAUCUCAAAAAGAUCCCAGUCCAGACUCCC